AUGAUGAUGGCAAGUCGCGGCGGAGCUGCCAAGUUGGCGAGUUCCAUGAUGUUGGUUUCACGUUCUUUCUCAACAGCCAUCGCUCGUGGCACAAUAGGCAAAGAGGGAGUAACUGCUAAAGCGGUGGGGUUUCAUGGGGAUGUUGUGCGUAAGGAUAUUAGUGAAUUUUGGAUUCGGAGUUCGGUUUUUGGUGUGAGGCAUCGAAGUACUGUGAGUCUUGGCGAGAAGGGUCAACAGCAGGUGAAUAUGAAGGAAACUCAACCGGCUGCUGAAGGUGGUGAUAAAGAGGAGAAGAAGGAGGUUGUGAGUUAUUGGGGUGUUCCUCCUAGUAGGGUUACUAAAGAAGAUGGGACUGAGUGGAAAUGGAAUUGUUUUAGGCCAUGGGAGACAUAUUCUGCUGAUUUAUCAAUAGAUCUGAAGAAGCAUCAUGCCCCAGCAACCUUUUUGGACAAAAUGGCUUAUUGGACUGUCAAGUCUUUGAGAUGGCCCACUGACUUGUUCUUUCAGAGGAGGUAUGGCUGCCGUGCAAUGAUGUUGGAAACGGUGGCAGCGGUGCCUGGAAUGGUAGGAGGCAUGCUGCUGCACUGCAAGUCAUUGAGGCGAUUUGAGCACAGCGGAGGAUGGAUCAAAGCAUUGCUUGAAGAGGCUGAAAACGAGCGUAUGCAUCUCAUGACAUUCAUGGAGGUGGCAAAGCCCAGGUGGUACGAGCGUGCUCUAGUGAUGGUUGUCCAAGGUGUUUUCUUCAAUGCUUACUUCCUUGGCUACCUCAUCUCCCCUAAAUUUGCUCAUCGCAUGGUGGGUUACCUCGAGGAAGAAGCCAUUCAUUCAUACACAGAGUUCCUGAAGGAGUUGGACAAAGGCAAUAUUAAGAAUGUUCCUGCUCCCGCCAUUGCUAUUGAUUACUGGCGCAUGCAUCCUGACGCCACCCUACGCGAUGUUGUUGAGGUUGUCAGAGCUGAUGAAGCCCAUCACCGUGAUGUGAAUCACUUUGCAUCGGACAUACACUAUCAAGGACGCGAACUGAAGGAAGCUCCUGCUCCUGUUGGUUAUCACUAA